AUGACCCCUGUGUGCGGUUUCUGGAGGCGAUCAUCCGCAGUGAAAACAUCGCACUCAGAGGAGUUUGAAGAGACGGAGUCAAACAGCAUCUCGGAUGCUCCUGCUGCCACCAGCAGCCCUUGCCACAUCGAUCAGCAACUAAACCAGCAUCAGCCACCAUCAGCCAGCACCAGCCAGCUGCCAGUACCCUCUACCACCCUAGACCUAGUACAAAACUCCAGCGUCUACAUCACCGAUGAUAACAAUAUGGCCAUAUUCCCUGAAAAUCAGGGUCAAUUCAGAACUGUUGACCUUACAGUAAGGGGACAUUAUGAAGUGCAUGGAGAGAGUGACUAUGUGGGGGAGCAAGCUAGUGUGUUUGGACCAUUCCCUACCCACUUCUCCUUCCGCCGACCAGCAAGUGCUGCUGGGGUCUCAGGUCAUACCUCAGCUUCAACUGCAAGGCCCUCUCCAAGAGCACCCAUGGCUAAGACAUUUCAAAGGACCAUCUUCAUUGCUGAUCUUGUGGAUGGCAGAUUGGAAACAAGCAAAACCCUGACAGUUCGAUUCUCAGAAUUUGAGGCGAACGUCAUGGGAAUAACAAGUAAGGUAAAUGAUGCCCUAGAACAAGAGGACUCGUUCAUCCUUACCGAUGGGCAGGGAAACCAGAUCUUGGACACAGAGGGAACCAGAGGAUCUGUGUUUUGGAAGCAAAAUGCAAGGAAGGUUUGUGCUGUGAAGGAAAGAGAUUUGCAGCAGUUACAAGGAAGCAAAAAGAGGAGACUGAGUCGGCGAGAUGAUAAUGGCCUGGAUACAGUGUUUGAUACAAUUGAAGAGGUGGUCCUGGCAGCAGAGGGUCUUCGGGAGGUGUCAACUACAAUCAAAGAGCUGACAAACCUGGCAAGUUGCAACCGAAGAACAACAGUGUCCUUGACAGAGGCUGAAACAGCUGCUGUGAAAGAUGCGUUCACCUGUAUUGUCUGCAAGGGUCCACUGGUUGAACCCAUGGUUUCAUUGUGUUGCCAUAGCAUUGUCGGCUGCAGGAGCUGCAUUGAAGAAUGGCAGAAAAAUUCUGCAUUUUGCCCAAAAUGCCGAGCGGGUGAUUUUGAAAUCAAUACACAAAAACUCACUGGACUGUCUGAUGCACUUGCUGCCCUGGAAAACAUACUGUGCUGGUAA